AUGACGACUACGACAAGUUCAUCCUCAUCAGCAUCGAUCCUCCCAGAUAAGGAUCAAAUUCGUGUACAUGUUCGACGAGAUGGUUCAAUUGAAAGACAACGAUUCAAUGGUCGUGUUUGGAGACAACUGUGUAAAUAUGAUGGCGGAGAAGAAUGUCAAGCCUUUGUUGCCUAUAGAAGCCUUUGCGUUGGCCAUUAUCAUCAAACGUCAGGUAUAACUGUUAAUGAAUCGAAACGUAGACAGCUAAUUCAACAAUCAGCGGCGGCAGUGGCAUCAUCCAAGGCAACAACGACAAAUACGACUACCGCCGCAUCAGUGAUACCGUCCAAACUUCGAUACUCAAUUGAAACACCUCUAUCUCUUGGUCUAAAAAAUUGGCGACGGAAAACAGUACAACCAAAUUAAUUAUUCGAUGUAUUCAACAACAAUAACAACAAACGCCGAAAGUCUGAUGAAUGGGUGCUUCUCAAACGUUCUCGUUUUGAUGUCAAUCAAAAUAUACCUCCUGUUCAAUCAAUUUUACCUAAUACAACAACGAAUACAACUUUAGAUGAAUCAGCUGCCACGUCCGAUUCGAAUCAAGCAUGUUCAUCAGCUAGUUCCAUGGAUAGUCGUCUUGAUGAUUACGUAAUGACGCAUAAAUCGAUUUCAAUUACUGGUUCUCGUCUAACUGAUGAACAGAUGGAUCGUCUGGAUGAAUUUCUGCAACGUUUUAAUGUCUAUUAUUCGGAUGAAAUCGAUGAAAAAACAACACAUUUGAUAACCGAUGAUACAACAAUUCCAUUUGUCUGUGCUCUCUCAUCUAAAGUUGUUCACGCCCUAGCACGCCAUUUGACUGUUCUAUCAAUACGCUGGAUUGACGAAUGUCUUCGUUGUGAUAAGCUUUUACUCGAUGAAUUAGCCUUACAAUUCGAAAUACGUGGCGAUCUAACAUGUGCAACAAUGUUUCACGGCGGUAUGCAACGUUCGCGUUUGAUUACACGAAGACAUUCAUUAUUUUCGAAACACAUCUUCAUGCUCAAGUGUUCAGGUGUACAAAAUCUAAUGGAUAAUCAAGAAUUACGUACAUUGAUCACGUUAUGCGGUGGUCAUACAUGUUCCUCAUUACGUACAGAUCAAGUAACACGUUGGACAGCUCAAGGUAAAAUGAUUGUUGUUCUUUGUGAACAAUCGUACGUUCAAGAACGGCAAGAUAAAUACUGGAAAUGUGUGGAAUUAGGCAUAAGAUUUUGUUCGCCAGAAUUCAUUAUUGAAUCAAUUGCACAAUAUCAAGUUCAAGAUUAUGCGAUCUAUGAGGAAGAACCACAACAAGAGGAAGAAGAUGAGGAAGAGGUUAAUGAAAAUGUCAAUAAUGGUGAGGAUGAUGGCGAUGAUGAAGAAGAAUAA